AUGGUGGUGCUAACGCGGGCCUUUGUUACUGCUGCUCAACCACCGAGACCAUUAAGGGAAGCUCAGGAUGAGUUGGACCUCCACGUCAGAAGGCACAGACCCAUCAAAGAAUCUGACACCGAAAACCUGGUCUUCCUGCAGGCUGCUGUCAAGGAAACCACGCAACUGUACCCACCAGUGUGGCCAGAUCCAGGUGAGUUCAAGCCUGAGAGGUUCCUUACUGAGAGGCCCAUAAGAAUGUGGACGUUGGGGGCCAGAGCUUUGAGCUAUUGCCGUUCGGGUCCGGGAGGAGGGCUUGUGCCGGGAUCGGCCUUGGGCUUUGAAGUGAGUAUGGUGGGGAAUGCUAAUCUGGACAUGAACGAGAGCUCCAGUCUGACCAAUUGA